UAAAGGUUUAUAAAUGUAAACAAAAAAUGAAACCGCUGAUAAUUUGCCAAAGGAGGCUUAACAAAAUAGAAGUUUGGAUACUCUUAGGGAAAUUAGAAAUUAAAUCUGUUAUCAAGAGGAAAACUCCUGCUGAAGCGACUGAUCUCCACACUGUUAUGAAGAUGGUGUUUAUUAAAGAGGAGAGCGAAGACCUGAAGAUUGAAGACACAUUCACAGUCAAACAUGAAGAUCCACAGGAACAAACAGGGCUGAUGCUUAAAGAAGAGACCCAAGACCUGGAAGAGAAAGAUCAGCAUGAGAAAAGCCAAGAUUUAACGAUUGACAAACGAACUUUUAAAAAGUAUUCACCUCAAAAAAGAGCUCGGAAAACCAAAUAUAAAGGUGAUGAUACCUGCCCUCAAUGUGGGAAAAGAUUUAGUAGAAAACGAUACCUCAAAUUCCACAUGAGAGUUCACACGGGAGAGAAGCCUUUCUCAUGCGAUCAGUGUGGAAAGAGUUUUUCUCAAAAGGCAAACCUCAAAGUCCACAUGAGAAUUCACACCGGAGAGAGGUCGCACACGUGUUCUGAGUGUGGAAAGAGUUUCCAUCAAAAGCAAUCCCUUGUGGUCCACAUGAGCAUUCACACCGGAGAGAAGUCGUACACUUGUUCUCAAUGUGGCAAGAGUUUUGCUCAAAAUAGCGCCCUGUAUUUGCACAGGAAAACUCACGGCGAAGAGAAGCCGUUUACAUGUAUUCAGUGUGGAAAGAGUUUUGUAAGAAAAAGUGUCCUUCAGUGUCACAUUAGCAUUCACACUAGAGAGAAACCGUUCGCUUGUGAUCAGUGUGGAAGACGUUUCUCACGUAAACAAAACCUCAAUAGUCAUAAGAGGAUUCACUCAGAGAAAUGCUUCGUAUGUUGCCAGUGUGGAAAGGGAUUUCGUCAAAAAAGAAACCUCAACUCUCACAUGAGAAGUCAUGAAUAACAAAGCAACAUUUUCGGAGAUUUAAAUAGCCUACGAGGGUGUAGAGCAGGUUCUUUGUUCCACAGCCAAGACAAAAGCAUUGCUCAUAAUGAAUCUGAAGUUCUGGAUCUCAUCCACUCCCAAUGCCUUGCCUGUGUAGAGUUCGCAAACUACCUGAGUGACUUGAGCUUGGGCAAUGGCAGAAUCAACUCCUGCUUCCCAAUUAAAAGGCUUGUCAGUAGUCAGUAGUAGCAAUGCUCACACCUGCAGUUCUCCACAAUGGACGUCCAGUGUUCUUCAGCCUCCGGUGCCUAGACUGCAGCUCCGCACAGGAAGCUUGGCCAGAGGACACAUAGUCAUGCCAAACUGAGCCUGGUUUCUCAAGUUUUUUCCCUUCACUUUCGUCAAUUGGUGAAGUUUGUUCCUCGCCACUGGCUUGCUUGGUUGGGACUUGUGGAGCGACACAUCGAUGGAUUUGCUUCUCAGUGUUUGGAUUUUCAGCAGUGAAAUUUAAACCACACUGAACCGAACUAAACUGAACUUCAACUCUGAAAACUGGACUGACACAGUUUCAAUUUACUAAAACUUCUAUGUUGAGCUGCUUUGACACAAUCCACAUUGUAAAAGUGCUUGAGAAAUAAACAUGAAUUGAAUUGAGAAGAUCUUUAAAGGAUUCCUUCCACCAUCUGACAACAUCCCCAGGUGAAAGUAACAUUACCCCGAUUCCAACAAAACAGUGUUGAUAAAUUGUCUGAAAGGCUGACCAACGAUCCUCGUCCAUGGUCUUGAACUCUUUCUCAUUUGUUUGUCGUCAAACAUCUGACAACUGCUGUGUGUGUGUGUUCUGUCGCAAAAUGUUGUAAAAAGUACUACAAAACGGUAAUAUUUUGAUUAAGGUGUUUACAUAUCUGUACUGCACUUCAAUAAUGCCACUAAAAUAGGAAUACUUUUGUCUUAGGGUGCUUUCACACUAGAACUUUUGGUCCGCACCCAGGUUUGUUUGAUGUCAGAGUACGAUAUGUUUAACAAGUGUGAACGAUGCCUUCUGAACUUGGGUGCACACCCACGAACCGUACCCCAGUCCACCUGAAAGAGGUGGUCUGAGGUAGAGUUUGUGCGAACUCUGGUACAGUUCACUUCUGAUAUGAAUGCCAUCGUACCAAAUAACAGAAGUGAACCACCAACUGUACAACAACCUUUAGUUUUUGUAACGUUCAUUCAUGUGUGUAUGUGUCUGUGUAUCACCUACCUUGGUGACAAGCAGGACUGACCCAGUGCAAACAAUGAUAAUGUCUGCUUGUCUCCACCAAAAACGACUUCUGCAGACAUCGUGUGAUGGUCUGAACAUUUUUUGCGGCAGAUAGACACUAAUGGCUCUCCGUAUUUUGGUUUUAGUAACAAAAGCAAAAGAUUCAGUAAAAGCAGAAUGACCAUGAUAUGCGGACGUCUCCAUUUUGCCGCUUUGCUUUCAUGGGCGUCACCUAGCAACAGCUGUACACAAAACAGCAGCUUGAUGACGCAAGCGUACUGGAGUUCAGAAGAAAAAAAAACAAUGGUAACACAAACCAGCCGAGAAGGUGGCAAGGGGUGACAAUCGAACCUGUGUUUGGUCCAGGAAACUGAACCAAGUGUGAAAGCCCCCUUAAUUCGAUUUCUGUUUAGUUCAUUUAUGACUUUAGUCAGAUUAAGGUUGUCAAAAAUCACUGUUUACAUGGUAGUCUUGGCACUCUUGGUACAUGGUACUCUUAAUCAGAGUAUUGUCUUAAUCGUAUUAAAAUCGGAUUAUAGGUGUCCAUGUAAAUGUACCUCUUGUCAGUAUCUUGUCAAAGGUCUUCUGAAGGUGAGAGUAGAAAACUCCUCUGUCCAGGUGGCGAUCAGUUGACAGCUCUGCCUCUAUGUUUACUUGAGUGUCUGAGACAUUUGGUUGGAGGCAGGGCGUAGGGCCAUAGAGGCGACCUAGGCGGUUGCCUAGGGCAGCAGAGCAGUCAAGGUGGCGUCCACGGCGCAUCUGUCCUCUCCCCCCUGCAUCAUCUCAGCGCCCCUGUCUUUGCUUUUGUCCACGACAAACCCUGCAUCAGCUCAACACCCAGCUCCCCAACAACCUCCGCCCCAGCUUUUUCGGAUUGAAGGCGGCAUAACUUUCGGUUUAAGGGUGGAAUUCUUAUCGUUUGCCUAGAGUGCCAGUUGAGCUUGCUGCAGCCCUGGUUGGAGGUCAGAUAAAAUGACCACAAAAAAAAUCACUGACCUCUGGCCUAGGGUGUUCUAGCGCCAUGUGCACUGUUGGAAACCCUUAUGCUCUAACAUGGUAUUCGUUAUGCAUAUUAUGACUAGCAUAGAAAUCCAACAACAGAACAGCACGCAGGAUUAGAUAAGGAAGGCUGUUCUUCCCUAUCAUGCCUCCUCAGGUAUUACAUAAGAUGGUGCAGCACAGUAGUUACUAACACUAACAUGGAUUGUAUAAUGAGAAUGUACAACUCGGAGGAGCUACUGACGCUCCUAACAGCAUUUCCACUCAACUUCCAAGUGUGCUUAAACUUGCUGAGCCUCAGCUCCUGACCUACAAACUGCUUACCAAAGACGCUGAGGCUAAAAGGUCAACCAAUGGCAUUCAAUCAUGCUUCAUAACAACUUACAAAAAACAAAUGUUUAUUUUGUAACAACGCCACAUCAACACUUGUUAAUACAUGAAACAUUCUGAAUGAAAACUUUUUAAUGUCUGUACAUGAAAAUAAAU